AUGGAAAAUAACAGGAACAAUGUUACAGAAUUUGUUCUCUUAGGUCUGUCCAGUAAUAGAAAUAUGCAGAUAUUCUGCUUUGGACUGUUCCUCUCCUGUUACAUUACAAUUCUCUUGGGAAAUUUCUUCAUCCUCAUCACCGUCAGUGGCAUCCCCCUCUUCAAGCAACCCAUCUACUUCUUCCUCUUCCACCUGUCCUUCAUGGACAUCUGCUACACUUCCACGGUGACUCCCAGGCUUGUCCAGGAUCUGCUGUCUGAAAAGAAAGCCAUCUCCUUCGACGACUGCAUAAUGCAGCUCUUUGACAUGCAUUUCUUUGGCAGUAUUGAAGUUUUCAUCCUUGAAGGGAUGGCCUACGAUCGCUAUGUUGUCAUCAGUAAGCCCUUGAGCUAUAUGAUCAUCAUGAACCAGCAGAGAUGCAACACAAUGGUGGCAAUCUACUGGGGAGCUGGAUUUCUCCAUUCCAUGACACAGUUACUCCUAGCAAUCUCUUUGCCAUUCUGUGGACCCAAUGAAAUAGAUCAUUAUUUCUUCGAUGUUUAUCCUCUCCUGGACCUGGCCUGCACAGAUACUCACUUAAUUGGGACAUGGGCCGGGCUGGACCUGGCUGAAGAGGGCGGGGCUGAGGGGAACUGGGUCGGGCUGGACUGGUCAGAGCUGAGGAGAGCCCGACAGAGCGGUGCAGGUUCUGAGCAUUCUUUAAUCAGUGUUGAUUCAAGUGCCUUCGUGCAAGUGGAGCAAGGUUUGCGGGCUGGCAUACAUAAGUGGGUGAGGUUGCAUGGCUCAGACAGCCCCAAGGAAAUAAAUCUGACUCUCGGGAAAUGGGAGAUGACUCGAGAUUCAGAAACUCCAGUUUAUCGGAAACUACCUCCAUCCUUUGUGCAGAUUGGACUUCCACUGAGAUCUGAGUUCUGUCCUGAUGCAGCUCUGAAAAGCCUUUUGUUUCACAUGACUGGAAAUAAAGAUCCAAGAGCACAAAAUGCAUUAUUGUGUGAAGAUUAUCAAACGGGUAAUCAGAUUGUUGGAAUUCUGAAACCUUCUCAUGUGCCAGAUAUGAUCUCUUGA